CGCGCCCGCUGCGGGGAACGACAGUUCGCGCCCCGUAGUCCCGGCUCAGCCCUGAGCGCCCAGCCAUGGCGGAGGUGGGGGGAGUCCUUGCCUCUUUGGACUGGGAUCUGCAUGGCUUUUCCUCAUCUCUGGGGAACGUACCCUUAGCUGACUCCCCAGGUUUCCUGAACGAGCGCCUGGGCCAGAUCGAGGGGAAGCUGCAGCGCGGCUCACCCACAGACUUCGCCCACCUGAAGGGGAUCCUGCGGCGGCGCCAGCUCUACUGCCGCACCGGCUUCCACCUAGAGAUCUUCCCCAACGGCACGGUGCAUGGCACUCGCCUCGACCACAGCCGCUUCGGGAUCCUGGAAUUUAUCAGCCUGGCUGUGGGGUUAAUAAGCAUUCGAGGAGUGGAUUCUGGCCUAUACUUAGGAAUGAACGAGCGAGGAGAGCUCUAUGGGUCGAAGAAACUCACACAUGAAUGUGUUUUCCGGGAACAGUUUGAAGAAAACUGGUACAACACCUAUGCUUCCACCUUGUACAAACACACGGAUUCGGAGAGACAAUAUUAUGUGGCCCUGAAUAAAGACGGCUCACCCCGAGAGGGAUACAGGACUAAACGACAUCAGAAAUUUACUCACUUUUUGCCCAGGCCAGUAGAUCCUUCUAAGUUACCUGCCAUGUCCAGGGACUUCUUCCGCUAUAGGUAACGAACCCCUAGUGUAACCCCUGUGACCCAUGUACUGCGGGGCAAUGACUGUCUUUA